CAUCCCUCCACCCACGAGUAAAUACAAUUGACGUCGAAACCCUUCUUUCAGCUUCGAUAAUCAAGUCGCUAGCACGCCUACCAAUUUCGGUUCAGUCAACACCCCAGCACAUGGGAAAGAUCGCGCUCUAUCCCAUCCCAGUCCUCGGCCCCAUAAAUUACUCUAAUGGCAUCCCUGAAAUCCGCUUUGGCAUGCAUUGGCCUUCUAUACUCUGUGAAGAUAUCAUACCACCUCGUCGACUUGCUCUGGGUUUACUUCAUCCGGCCCACAUCUAUCUCGCGGUAUCUCUCCACGGAUCCCUCCCACCCCUCCUGGGCCUUAGUCACCGGAAGUACUGACGGCAUCGGCCUCGGGUUCUCACACGAACUCUGCUCCCGCGGCUUCAACGUCCUGCUCCACGGCCGAAACCCCGAGAAACUCGCCCGCGUCCAGGCGGAUCUGCUCCAGAAAUUUCCCGGCCGAUCCAUAGAGACGGUCGUCGCCGACGCCGCCGCCUACGACGCCGCCGGCCUCCGCAGCGUCGUGGAAAAAGCCUCAAGCCUGCCAGACGGAGGACGACUGCGAGUGCUCGUGAACAAUGUCGGCGGCGCCUUCCAGCUCAUCGGCAAGGGGGUCUUCGGCUUGCUCUCAGAGAUGACGGUCGAGGAUGUAGACACGUUCAUCAACGUGAACGCGAGAUUUCCUGCGGUCUUGACAACAGCUCUGGUACCGGUGCUGACGGCCGAAAGCAACGCGCCGACGUUGGUGAUGAAUAUCGGCUCUAUGGCCAACUACGGGCUGCCGUAUUCGGUAGUCUACAGCGCGACGAAGUCGUUCAAUCUGACGUUCUCGGCGGCGUUCGGGCGGGAGAUGAAGUCGCGAGGGCACGAUGUCGAGGUCUUGGGGUUUGUCGUUGGCACGACGGACACGGUGGGCGCGCCGGCGGAGAAGCAGGGCAAUAUGGCUGUUAUGACUCCAAGGGGGUUGGCGAAGGCGUGUCUGGAUAGGUCGGGGUGUGGGCGGUGGAUCUUGCCGCCCUCGUUCAAGCACUGGAUUCCGAUGAAGAUCAACGAGUCGGUGCCAGAGUCGCUAAUUGUUAAUCAGGUGGAGAAGCUUUGGACGGAAGACAGGAAGGGGAACUGAGGCUGGAGGUCUUGGAGUCGGCUAGGAAAGGCCGUGAUAAACCUGCCACUAGAUCAAGUUGAGAGUGUCGAAGAACUAGAGAGUUGAGGCAUACUUCCAUCAUUACUUGAUAUCACGGCUCACGGUGUGAGUCGAGAGAAACACUCAGUUUCUACAUUUCCUAUCCUAGGGGAUUGUAGUGGAAGUGCAGCUAGUCUGCAAGAUAGAUCUUAUAGAUUGCGCGACUGAUAUAUUUGCUUAGCACUCCUAUACAUUCGCACAAGCUCUAUGUAUGCAUGAAAGUCCAGGAGCUACGGAUCCAGACGUUUCUGCCUGUGUGGU